AUGAUAAAAUUCUUUUUUAAGUUUAUUUUAAUUACUUCUUCAUUACUUUCACCUCUUUUAUCAAUUUCUGUUGCUUUUUCAAUUAUUGGAUGGAUUGGAAUAAAAUUCAAUUCAAUAAUGCCUAUAAUGCCGUUUCUAGUUUUUGGUAUUGGGGUGGAUAAUGCUUUUUUAUUAAUACAUUCUUGGAGAAAAUGGGCAUCAAUUGAACAAAAGGAAGUAAACGAAAAUAAAGAAAAUAAUCAAAAAAUAGGUACGAAUUUAAUAGUACUUGGUAAAAAUCAAGUCAGUUAUACUACAUAUAAUGGUUGGAUGGUAGCAGAAACAUGA